UUAUAUUCAUUAAUCUUGUGUUCUUCAAAUUCUUACAGGCUACAGAUCUCUUCUUCUUCAUCAUCUUCGCUUCAUCUUGUUCAUUAAAAUUCCAGCUUCCAACUUAACGAGAUUGUUAAAAAAACAAAAGUUUGUUCUUUUAAUUUAUAUUCACUGUCAUUUCGAGUUUUUUGCAAUGGCACCAAGCUUUGACUCGGCAGUCUCAAGCCUCCUCUGCGCAGAAGACAACACCAUCUUUGGCGACGAUGACGAUUAUGAGGAGGAGUCUCGAGAGACUGCAUGGUGUACUCGUCAUAGGAAUCAUCGAAGCCAUGGCCGUAAAAGCCGGAGCUUUAAUGGUGUUUAUGAUGAUGAUGAAAAUGGACUAGUAUUGCCAUUGCAGAGUGAUGAGUGUUUAGCUUCAAUGGUUGAGAAAGAGUUUCACAACUUGCCCGGUUUUGUUGAUUACUUGAAGAGGUUGAGGAGUGGGGAUUUGGACCUCCGGGCUAGAAAAGAGGCUGUUGAUUGGAUUUCCAAGGCAAAUGCACAUUUCAGUUUCGGACCUCUUUGUUCAUAUUUGUCAAUAAACUACUUGGAUCGCUUCCUGGCCGCCUAUGAAUUACCAAAGGGCAAAGCUUGGACUAUGCAAUUGUUGGCUGUGGCCUGUUUAUCACUUGCAGCCAAAAUGGAGGAGACUCAAGUCCCACUCUCUCUAGAUUUGCAGGUUGGGGACUCAAAAUUUGUGUUUGAAGCCAGAACCAUACAAAGAAUGGAACUUCUUGUGUUGAGCACAUUAAAAUGGAAAAUGCAGGCAGUUACACCUUUCUCCUUCAUAGAUUAUUUCCUCCACAAGAUCAAUGAAGAUAAUAAAAUCCCACUUAGAGCUUCUAUCCAACGAUCAAUCCAACUUAUCAUGGCCACAGUAAAAGGAAUUGACUUCUUGGAAUUCAGGCCUUCAGAGGUCGCAGCAGCAGUGGCAAUAUCUGUUGCUGCAGAAACUAAAACAGUGGACAUUGAGAAAGCAAUCUCUGUGCUAAUUCAACAUGUAGAAAAGGAGAGAGUGAUGAGGUGUAUUCAAAUGAUGGAGGAUUCAAUAUUGAUUAAUGGGUCAGUGGGUUUGGUCCAGUCCGUGCCCCAAAGUCCAAUAGGGGUGUUGGAUGCUGCAGCAUGCUUGAGCUAUAAAAGCAAUGAAACAACAGUUGAGUCAUGUGCAAAUUCCUCUACUUCUUCUUCUUCUUCCCACAGUAAUUCAGACACCAAAAGAAGGAAGCUAAACAGAACUUCUGAAGUAGAGCUUCGAUGAGACACCCAAAAAAAAAAAAAAAAGAAGAGAAGGGUUGGUGGGAAUUUCACUUCUCACCAAAAAAAAAAAAUAAAAACAAUGUGUUAUUUUGUUGCACAAAAAAGACUUUGGUGUGUUUUGCCGAAAGAGAAAUUAAGGGGAGAAAAAGAAGAGGUACAACAAAUGGCAAAAAGGAGUGGAAAAAUAUGGAAGGGUGAAAAAGUUAUGAAAUAUGAGAAGGGGGUGGAAUGGAGAAAGAUGGCAAAGAAGGCAAUACAUAUCAUGUUUUCAAGGCAUGAAUGAAGAAGAAGAAGAAAAUCGUCACCAGCUGUUAAAUAUUAGACUUCUUAACAGCCAAGACAGAGGGUAGAUUAUAUUAAACUUUAAAGGGGGAACAUAUUAUUAAAAAAAACAAAAAACAAAAAAAAGAAACG